AUGUUAGAAAGUGUUGCAACCAGCAACCUCCUACCCAAGGCCGCACUAAAGCAUCAGACCCAGGAACAGCUGGAUGACAACCUAACAAGUCUAAUGAAACAGGACCCAAGCCAAGGCUACAACCACAAAGAGCUAGCAAAGAUCACCUGCUCCCUAAGUCACACCCUCAUCGCUACCCUCAAACUGAGUGACAGGCACGCCGCCGAUCUCCGACAGGAGAUGACAUGCGCACAGCGACGCAUCAAACAGCUGGAACUGGAGGCUCAGGAACAACAGGAAAAGCUGGAUGAGGAGGGAAAGGACCCAGAGGAGAUCACCAUGCUCAAAGACUUGCUAGCAGCUUCUACACAAGAGGUGAAACAAACCAAAAGAGACUAUGACAAUGCUGCCUACAACCUCCAGUACGCAGAACAGCUACUGGAGAAGGCAAAGACUGACAUUAGAGACAAGGCUGGCAGAAUCAAAGCCCUCGAAACUCACUUGAAUGAGAUAAGCCGCCUAGAACAACAGCUGGACUACGUCAAAGAGGAAUCUGACAGUGUCAAGGAGGAACUCAGACAUGCCUUCGACCUGCGCGCUGAGCCACCGAGGACACGAGAGGCACCAAAGUCACCCCUGCCAAGUAGGACCGGGUCUCCUGUUCUUGUACAGGCACGUGAACAAAGGGGGAAAGAGGCGAUGCUGAAACACUCACCAGCUCCCUCUGAAGAGACAUACCUCGCGAGAAGGCCAAGAGAAACGGACCCAGCCAGCCAAAGAGCAUCACACAGCCUGGACCUAAAAGACCUCGACAAGAUCGCCAGGAACAUCAAGUUCACCCCAGGUGCGCCAAGUAGUCCAGACGUUCAAACCCUAUCUACAGGACGUCCGAAUUCCAUCUGGAAGUAA